UUCAUUUUUUUUCCUUAUACAAUCAGUAUUAAACAAACAGCCCAAAGCCGUUCAGGAGACAGCUCUCUCGCUUCAUCUUUUUCCUCCUCUUUUCGAAUCGCUGGUUUUCAAGAUGGGAAUCAAUCAACAAGAUGGUGUUUCCCAAGUUGAUGAACCUAGCACUAGUGUGCAUGAUAACACUACUUUGGACCAAGGUGAUACGACAGUAAAUAGUAUUCUUUCCGAUUCAAAUGCCAUUUAUGAGAGCAACGAAGCCACCAAAAUGCCAGAUGUUGCCAAGGAGACUCUUAAUAUCCCUUGCAUUUAUAGACAAGACGUUGUUAGGUGCAACAAAGGUGGCAUGAUAGGAAUUGUGUCUGAAGUUGCUGGUGACUCGGAUUCGGAUAGCAGCAUUACUGAUGAUGAAGAAGAAGAAGAUGAUGACAACGAUGAAGAUGAAACUGGUGGAAAUGAAGAAGGUGACAACCAUGGCAAUACCAAUGCGAGUAGUGAUGGGAAUAGAAGUGGUGGUAACUAUAAGAGCAGUCCUCUCCCAGAUGAUCAGGUUCGAGUACUUUGGAUGGAUGACUCUGAGACAACCCAAAAUCUUAAUGAUGUGACUGUAAUUGAUAGGGGAUUCAUGCAUGGGGAUUAUGUUGCUUCUGCUUCAGACCCUACUGGACAAGUAGGUGUUGUGGUGGAUGUCAAUAUCUCCAUUGAUUUGUUACCCAUUGAUGGAACUAUUAUAGAACAAGUCUCAUCCAGAGACCUGAAACGUGUAAGGGAUUUUGCUGUGGGUGAUUAUGUAGUUCUUGGGCCCUGGCUGGGUAGAAUUGAUGAUGUGUUGGAUAAUGUGACUGUGUCAUUUGAUGAUGGUUCCGUGUGUAAAGUUAUGAGGGCUGACCCACUGCGUCUUAAACCAGUUACAAAGAAUAUUCUUGAAGAUGGACAUUUUCCAUACUACCCUGGUCAGCGGGUAAGAGCACGUUCUUCAUCAGUUUUCAAGAAUUCUAGGUGGCUAUCUGGAUUGUGGAAAGCUAACCGGUUGGAAGGUACCGUUACUAAAGUUACGGUUGGGUCAGUGUUUAUAUAUUGGAUAGCAUCUGCUGGCUAUGGGCCUGAUUCUUCUACUACCCCAGCUGAAGAGCAGAAUCCAAAGAAUUUAAAACUGCUGUCUUGUUUUGCACAUGCAAAUUGGCAAGUGGGUGACUGGUGUCUUCUUCCAUCAUUAGCACUAUCAUCCUCCAUCACCCAGGACAAGGGCCAAUCUGAAUUAGAACUUCAUGAUUCCGUCCAAGGAGAAUUAGAUUCUAGUAAAUCAAGAAGCAGGUGUGAUCAGGAAGAGGUCUUGCUAGAGGAAGCACAUGGUACUGGUGAAUCAAUGGAUCUUGAUGCAGUGUCUGCAGUGGAUGUAAAUAACAGAAAUAUUGAAGGCAAUGCUUCAUCACAAUCUAGUCCCUGUAGUAGUUCAGUAUCAGUUUCAAAGGAACCUGUCCAUGAAACUUGGCUUCUUCAUCGAAAAAAGAUCCGUAAACUUGUUGUUAGGAGAGAUAAGAAGACUCGGAAAAAGGAGGACAAUUAUGAAAAAGCACUUUUGAUUGUGAAUACAAGGACUAGAGUUGAUGUUUCAUGGCAAGAUGGAACAACAGCACGUGGACUGCCAUCAACUACUUUGAUUCCAAUUGACAGUCCUGGUGAUCAUGAAUUUGUUUCUGAACAGUAUGUGGUGGAGAAGGCCUCUGAUGAGAGUGAUGAUGCUUCUGAAGUUAGACGUGUUGGUGUUGUGAAAAGUGUUAAUGCGAAGGAGCGAACAGCUUGUGUGAGGUGGUUAAAGCCAGCUGUCAGGGCUGAAGAUCCUCGAGAGUUUGAUAGGGAGGAAGUUGUAAGCGUCUAUGAGCUUGAGGGGCAUCUGGACUAUGAUUAUUGUUAUGGGGACGUAGUUGUUCGGUUGUCCCCAGUUUCUGUCUCUGCCCAUACGGGUACUGCUGUAGAGGAGGAACCAAAGCAGCAAAGUGGUUCAAAUGAGGUUAAACAAGAUCUGAACAAUAACUCUGGAUGUAAGAAAGUGGAGGAUGAAUCUGCAGAUGGAGCUUGUAUGGACUUCUCAGAUCUCUCUUGGGUUGGGAAUAUAACUGGUCUUAAAAAUGGCGAUAUUGAAGUUACAUGGGCUGAUGGGAUGGUUUCAACGGUUGGACCUCAAGCAGUUUAUGUUGUUGGUCGAGAUGAUGAUGAUGAGUCAAUUGCUGGUGGGAGUGAAGUUAGUGAUGAUGCUGCUAGUUGGGAAACUGUAAAUGAUGAUGAAGUGGAUGCCCUUGAGAAUGCUGAAGAGGAAAUUGGGCUGCCAAAUACCGCUGACACUGAUCCUGAGACUGAAGAGCACACAACUGUUGAAGAUAACAAUCCUGGGAGAAAUGGGGCAUUAUCUCUUCCAUUAGCUGCCCUGGGGUUUGUUACCAGACUGGCUACUGGCAUAUUCUCACGGGGAAGGAAACAUGUAGAACCACCUUCUUCGGAUUCUGAAGGUGAAAAUGAACUCCAAUCACAAGGAGCACUUAAGCCUUCUCAGAUAAAGGUUUCCCAUGAUGAGACUAACUCUCCAAAUAAUGUCAUUGACAAUUUUGGUCUGCAAACUACUCACGAAAAAGAAGAGGAGCAUGUUGGGGUUGAGGUUAUGGAUUCUUUGGAUAUGGCUGAGGCCUUAGUGAAUCUAAGGGCCAACGAGCCAGAUGCUCUAGCAUGCCAUGAGUAUGAAUCCUGCAGUUUCAAACGCUUUGAUAUUGCUAAAGAUCCUUUGGACCAUUAUUUUCUUGGUGCAAGUGGGCAGAAUAGCAAUGGGAGGAAGUGGCUCAAGAAGGUUCAGCAAGAUUGGAGCAUCCUUCAGAAUAACCUGCCUGAUGGGAUCUAUGUGCGAGUGUAUGAAGAUCGAAUGGAUCUCCUAAGGGCUGUGAUAGCCGGGGCAUAUGGAACUCCUUACCAAGAUGGUCUCUUCUUCUUUGAUUUUCACCUUCCACCAGAGUACCCUGAUGUUCCACCGUCAGCGUACUAUCAUUCUGGUGGGUGGCGGAUAAACCCAAAUCUGUACGAGGAAGGCAAGGUGUGUCUUAGCCUUUUAAACACCUGGACUGGCAGAGGAAAUGAAGUAUGGGAUCCAGUGUCCUCAAGCAUCCUUCAAGUCCUAGUUUCACUCCAGGGAUUGGUGCUAAACUCGAAGCCAUAUUUUAAUGAAGCCGGCUAUGACAAGCAAAUAGGGACUGCUGAAGGAGAGAAAAAUUCAUUGUCCUACAAUGAGAACACUUUCUUGCUAAAUUGCAAAACUAUGAUGUAUCUCAUGCGGAAACCCCCCAAGGACUUCGAAGAGCUUGUCAAAGACCAUUUCAAGAGGCGGGGCUAUUACAUUCUCAAGGCCUGUGAUGCAUACAUGAAAGGCUACUUAAUUGGCUCUCUCUUAAAGGAUGCCUCUACAAGUGAUAGAAGCAAUACAAAUUCUACAUCGGUUGGUUUCAAAUUGAUGUUAACUAAGAUUGCACCGAGGCUCUUCUUGGCACUAAAUGAAGUUGGAGCUGAUUGUCAAGAAUUCAAGCAUCUGCAACAGUCAUAGCAGAGGUACAUCCCAACAUCUCCACCAGGGAAAGAGGUUACUUCAACAUUCUUUCAGGUUCCUCUAUAAUGUAAAGACUUAGAUGCUUUAGAAAUGUUUCAUCUUAUAUAACUUGGAAAAGUUCUGCCUUUUGAAAAGCUUAUCAACUUUGAGCAGCCUUUGCAUUUUCAAGAAAAACUGCAGGUGAAAAGUACAUCUGCUAAACUAGUUGUCUUGACACAUUUAGAGUUCUUAUGUUCUCUUUUUUCUUUCUGGGAUUGAGAAGGCAGUCGGGUUUUGAAUUGACUGUUCACUUUGAUCUUCCAUUCAAAAUUUGAUGAAUUGAUUCAUUAAUUGGAGAAAGAAUACUUACAAAUUCUUUCACAUUCACAUUGUAUUUUACUAUUUUCAUCAAACCUUAUUGUGAGAAAUAGCAUUCCCAAACAAUAUAUACUUUGAUUGAGAUGUCUCUGCUUG